CUUGCAAGUUGCAACCAACAAGUCAACAACAACGACAAGCCCGUAAUCUUCAUAAAUUUAUCUUUGAAUAAAAUCGAUCGAUCAUUGAGGCUAGGGGGGUAAAUUUGAAUUAGUUAAAGGAUGGGAAAUGCACUGAGGUUCUUGUAUGGUGAGUGUUGUUCAAAGCCAAGUAGUGGUGGUGGUAAUUGGGUGAAUAAUCAACAACCACCAUACGGCUACCCUGGUGGUUAUUCCAAUUACACGCCUGCUGCUGCUGGUAAUAAUUGGGUGGAUCAACAACAAUCAUACGGCGGCUACCAUAUUAAUGGUGCUUAUAAUUAUAACACGACGACGACUGCUGGUGUUUCAGCCUUGGCUCGAGAUAUUCAUCACUUUGAAAUGACCUCUCAGGUGCCUGAAGGUUUGAGUAAACAUGUGGUUUCAUCAAAGAAAGCUCAGUCUAACUGGUAUGGCAAACUUUCUGAGGCAUGGGCACAAUCAAGACCACCACCAACAUCACCUGAAGAGGUUUCAGCGUUUGUGGUUAACGCCUUGAAGAGGCACAAAAAGGCCGAUGUUGAGGGUUUUCUAUCGUAUUAUGGUCUCCCUCUAUCUCAAUCCACGGUUGAAGUUGUCAAUACGACGCAAGCACCACCAGUUCCCAGUGGACUUAAAUUUGAACUAAACACACUUCCAGUGGAUGAAAAAGCUGUAGCAGAUGGUGAUACAGUGACAGUUUACGUUAGUACCUUAAAUCCUCGAGAGGCAGCAUGUGUUCCACAAGAUGUACAGAUAGCAGCUGUGGAACGAGCCAAGGCACGUGCACAGCGGAAUUACACCAAGGCAGAUGCACUCCACAAGCAAAUUAUAGAUGCUGGUUAUCGGAUGCUAAACAUACAAAAUGAGGAAAUUCUAGCCCGGAAGUAUCGGAUUCGACUAAGAGGAAUAGAUGCACCAGAGAGCUCAAUGCCUUAUGGGAAAGAGGCCAAGGAGGAAUUCUCUAAGAUGGUUGUGGGGAAGCAAUUAAAAGUUUUGAUUUUUGAUCAAGACCGUUAUGGUCGUUGUGUAGGCGAUAUUUACUGCAAUGGCGUCUUUAUCCAGGAACAUAUGUUAAAGAAAGGACUUGUAUGGCAUUAUGGAGCCUAUGACAAACGACCCGAACUAGAAAAGUGGGAGAAAGAAGCUAGAGCUAAGAGAGUCGGGUUGUGGGCUUCAGCACACCCAGAAAAGCCAUGGGAAUGGAGAAAGAAUCGCCGUGAUAACAGAUAGUCAAAACAGUAAUUACUUGAAUCCAGUGGUCUAACUGUAAUUGACAUACUAAUUAUAUAAGCUUUUCAUUCAGAAAAGCUUUCAUCUGUACUCUGUUUAGGGCAUUUAGUCAACUGGGGAUCAAUGUUUCCCAUACAACUUACUAUUGAUCAUUGGAAGUGUACUCAUUUAUCUGUAGCAUAUGUAUUUUUUAAAACAUCUGGAAAUGUCCAGAUAAGAUUUUAUUUC